AAACUAGUGCCAUUUUCAUGGGUGUUGUAAAUGUCUCAAUCUGUCAUUCUGACCCAAAAUCCGGGAAAAAAUUUCGAUAAAUAUCUCUCAUAAGUGCUUGUUAUGAUGAAGUGCCGUGUUAAAUAAGAUUGCGAAUUGUGCAAAAAACAGUAAUCAGUGAGUGUGGCGGUUUCGAAUAACAUAUUUUUUGCUCAGAGGUGAAUGAUGACAUCUGAAGAAUGCACACAAUAUUUUUAGAAUUAUGUAGUUUGCACGUUAGAGGACAGAACAACAAGUCGGAACGCAUUAUGGAAGAAAACUCGAUGGUCCGUGAUCUCAUCACAAAGAUCCUCGAUGAGACUGGACCUGCAGAAGGGAGCAGCUCUAUUCAAUCAUCGGAAAAGACUUUAAGCAUGCCAUCGAAUAACGCGCAAUACCCCAAAAGUGAUACAAACACACCGUUCAUGCCACCAUCGUUUAAUUACCAGAAUAAUCCGUACAAUUUUGGUCAAAACGAACAAAAUGGAUUCAACUUCAAUUUACAAAACGGUUUCGGUAAUUCGAACUUCGUCAAUUAUCCUGACAGUGACGUAGCGCUGCUAGGUGUGGACUCAAUCACCGACUCCUCGGAUGUGACCCCAGAACAACUGAAUCUUCUCAGGUUGGCCGCCCAAGAAAUCGGCGGCGCCCAAUUCUCAAGCCCCAAUGAAAAGUAUAACUAUAAUUUCUUCGAACUAAACCAAAGAAACUCACUACCUGAUACAAUGUUCCCCGCUAAUAACUUUAAUAGACCCAACAGUCUUAACUUAGACAUGAACUACAACUCGAAUUUCGAUAGCACUUUUAAUAACACCCAAAGAUUUCCGAAUAAAUUUGAGAAUUUCAAAGAGCAAAAUCAGGAUACGGAUUUGUUGGCUUACUUGAGCCAGUUGAAUCUAUCUCUAGAACGUGGUCGCGAUGAGACAAUGCAAAACAUGGACUACAAACUGCCCAUGGAUAAUGGACAUUACCAGGGCGAGGAUUUCAAUAAAAUGCAGGACAAUAAAAUGUUCUACAAUAGAAAUUUUCCACCGCCUCAGAAGAACUUUAACGGGGACAAUUUCUAUGACAUGAUGUCUCAAAUGAAUGAAAGGAAUCCGAUGGGUCAGAACUUCGAAUAUAACCAGUCGACACCUGUGUCGACGGGUAACACCAUAAAUUAUAAGCCUAAUGGUUUCCACCAGAACGACUUUAUGCAGCGUCGCGACAUGAACCAGGUGAUGCAACGGGACAAUUUCCAAGCGAAUGGUGCUAUGAAUGAGCAGAGAGGUAAUUUCGAUAAUGGAUUAGGAAGAGAUAAUGGACAGCAAGCUGCUAUUAUGAGGCAGAAUCAGGAGUUGGCGAGGCAAAUGAGCCUGUUAAUGAGAAAUCGACCUCCUCCCAAUCAGCUCAAUGUUGACGUUUCAUUUUUGCCAGAUAAUGCUCCGUUUAAUCUUGGUUUGGGCGCGCUGUUAGGACCCAGCCCACCAGUACCGCCUCCUGUAUUGGCAUCGCCAAUGUUAGAUCUACCUCUGUUAGCACCCUUUUAUGCUAUGAGGAAUAUGAGAGGGGCGGCGACAUCAUCAGGGAUACUGCACGCGCGAUUGGACGCAUGUUACGAGCAGUGGCGGCAGCUUGAGCGCGAGCGGAAGCGGACAGAGGCGCGGCUGGCGUUAGCCUACCCUGGUCGUGCUGUGUCCUCUUCCAACUCCAUCCCCGUGCCGCGUCUGCCGCCUUGUCCUACCAGGGUUGACCGUCUCACCGUCGACAUGCUCAGGGAGCACACCAAGGUAUUAACAUUAAUGGGCAAGAUGGAAACUCUGCGUGCAAGCGUUUGCGUGGCGCAAAACAAGAAACCGAACAAACCGGAGGACGGCAAGAUAACCGUGCUGAAGCGAGGGCAGGAGAACGUCAGUGAUAAGGAGAAGGCGACAGGCGUCGACUCGGCGACCUUCGACCCCACCACGUGGAAGGACGACGUCAAGAAUUUGGCUGAAAUUGCUCCGCACAGCGAGGUGGAGAGUGCGAUGCUGGCGUGGCGCAGCGCGGUGGGCGCCGUGCAGGCCGCGCGCCGCCGCGAGCUGGCCCCGCACCACCAGCACCAGCACCAGCACCAGCACCAUCAGCACCAGCACCACCACCAGCACCAGCAGCGGUACAUGCGGCCCGACCCCAUCCUGCAAUUAGCGGAAGCGGUGAAACAACUGGGCAUUUGCGCUCGUCGAGCUCGCUGUGCCAUGUGGUGCGACCUCACGCUCACGGUCGCGCUCGCGCCGCGGGACUCGCCGCCCGCGCCCGCCGCCGCCACGCCCGCCACCGCCGCCACCACCGCCGCCACCACCGCCACCACGCAGCCCACAACCCCCGCCACCACAACGCCCGCCAAUACCAAGCCCGCUGCGAAUGAAGCUCCCGCGCAGUUUGCAACACAAACGGCGCAGAAGCAAGUACAAGACUCCGUCAACAAUUCGAACCAAAGUAAUUCGAAACAGGCGCCCACUGAGAAUAAAGAGGAGAAGCCCAACGAAACGCAAACAACAAAGAGCGACACCAAAACGGAGAACAACGCGAACAAAACGAACAAACAGCCGGAGAAACAGCAAGACAAGAACCAGCAGCGGCGCACGCAGAACUACAGGAAGGUGAACCAGGGCAGGAACGAUUUCUAUCAGAAGAAUCAGAGGUACGACAACAGGUUCAUGCACAGCCGACAUCCGUAUCACUAUUUGGCUACGGGCCCCAUCAAUUGACUUUAAUCUUAAUACAAAAUAUACACGUGUUCUAUUAAAGUUACAGUUUAAAUUUCAAUACUGCAAUAUGCGGAAAGCUAUAGGAAAUUCUCGGGUGAGAUUGUCUAGUACAAAUAAUACAAGUUUUACUUACGUCGGAACUAGAUGGCGCUGUAAAGUGAAUUUUGUUUAUUUAAUAAUUAAUUAAUUAUUACAGUACAGAGAUUUGUAUGAAAUUUAAUAUGCAAUUAUAUAAUGGUAGAUAUUUAUAUUUAUUUUCACUGUCAAUUGGUAGACAUUUGAGAUAAUCCAUUUUAUACUUUAAAAUUGGAAUGCGACAAAUUUACGUCAAACGGUGACGUCUUUUUGACAUGUAUUUAAUCGAUCAAUCGUCGAUGAGAUUUAGCUUUGUAUCUAAUUCGGUUAAAAGAAGAGUUUUGUAGAAUGUUAUAUAAAAUUCGUAUGCAAUUACACAAGGAUGAAUAUUCAUAAUGCACUGUCAGAUUCAAAUUGGUAUGUCCAUAUUAUGUUAGCUCCGUUAUUUUAAAGCGAGUAUUCACCAGGCUUGUUUGCUUGUGAAUGUACUUCAAAAGUAAAUAUUACAUAGAAUAUUCUGUGGAUGUAUCAAUGAUAUGAGCAUAUAAAUGUGACUUUCUUUCAUUAUUCAUUUUCGCAGACAAUACUCGACCUGCAGUAGAGAAGCUAGCAUAAUGUAGAUAUGCCCUUCUAAAUUUCUGACUGUACAUUCGCGCUAGCUCUUUCGCGGAGCAAACUAAAAUUACUAAUGCGAACAGACUCUUCUUGCAUUUAUCACGUUGUUACGUCUAAAUUAACAAUAAAUGUGGAUAUUUUAAUUUUUUUUUUAAACUGUAACUUUAAAUGGACAUAUGUGUUAACAAUAUUACUUGUAAAGUAUAAAUUAUUUAUAUAGAAUCCAUCCUAACGAUUCUAAGUGAUUUUACAUGAUGUUAAGUAAAAUCAGUAUUCCAAAAUUUGGCUUAGGCACUUAAUAAUUAGUAAAAUGCUAUUUAUAGCCAAUUUUAAUACCAACGAUUUCAUAAUGUUGUUUACUACUAAAUUUUUAAUGUUAACGGCUAACACGCCACAAGACAUCCGCCAUGUCGGUGAAAUAGCGAAAUACUUAUAUCCUAGUUAAAAUUUAUAUAUCUAAAAUUGGUCUAGAUCUAUAAACAAGAUAAUAGUCUAUUAGUUAAUGCAAAAUGUAUGGGAUUCGUAUACGGUUUUUACUAAAGGUUUUUACUAUAUAAAUUGGUAUCUACCUUAUUCACACAUUUUAACUGUAAGAAUGUUAUAUCACUGUUUUCAAAUUUGGAAUUCAGAACAAAAAAAAGAUAAAAUAUUUCACUUCCAAAAUCAAUUAAUUCAUUAUUAAUGACAUUGUUUGACGUUUUUAUGAUUGAGGUUAAAUCUCUCUUGUGUAUUUGCCACUAAACAAUUUGUGUUUGGCUUGUUUUGAGUUUAAAAUGUGAUAUCUAAUUAUCUAAUUUGCAAGUUUUGGGCUAUGUCUUGAGUUUAUCUUAGAGUUACUACAUCAUUACAAUAUUUAAAAUUAUAUAAAGAAAUAAACUAAUAUAAUAUAAUUAAUUUAUGUAUUUAAUAGUGAUUGUUUUUAAUAAUUGCAAUAUUUUUAAUUUAUAAUUUUUGUUUGUAUGUCUGACUUAAUCCUUCUUGGGGUCUAUAGACCCCAAGUGAGACCACAGUAUACUGUAAUGAUGAUGUGAAAAAAGAAAAAAGAAUAGUCACGUGGUUUAAAAGUAUAAGAUGUUGGUCAUUUAUCCAUACAUUUUGCAUAUUUCAAUUAAUGCUCGAUUAAUCACUAAUAGAUUGUUAUUUCGUCUAUGGACCGUGUAGUUUUUGACAGCAUAAUAUGUAAAGUCCUAUAAAGAAACUUCUAUACCGUAUGAAAUAGAGGUAUUGCUUGUAUUUAAUGAUACUUUGGUCUUUUUUUUCAAUAUAUUUUAAAGCACAAAUAAUUUUUCAAACUAAAGAUUAUUUCAUCUAAUGAAAUAUCUAGAACAUUUGUCGUUUACGUCGUGAAUUUGAAUUGUUAUAAAUAAAAAAAAAAUGAAUUUAAUAAAACUAUAGCUUUCACAUAAUAUGUUGUCGACAACAAAAUUCAAAGACCAUCUCUCUAUAAAUGGGGUCGUUGCAAUCCUAAAGGCCGCUUCUAAAUGUGUCGGCGUAGUAUUGUUUUACUCUGUAAACUGUCCAUUGUGGAAUCUUCAGGGAGCGUGUUUUGCUUAUUGUGUGCUUCCCGAGUUAGUGUCGAUUUUAACUGAACAAUACCGGCGUCGACAAACAUCGAAGCGACCUAAAUAGAUGUCAUAUCAAACAUACGUUUCGUAUAAAAAUUACGAAUUGUACUUUUUUUUUUUCUAUUAAAACAUAACAACAAAAUGCAUUUAAUUAGAACGGUUUAUAAAAAAGUGAAUUCGUAAUUAACUUACACAGGUAAACGGAGACCAUGAUUAUAAUAUUAAUAUAAAUAAACAUAUAUAAAUUUAAACCUGACUAGAUGUGUUUAGGUUAGUACUCCGUUCGUGAACCCGCAUUAUUUAAUCGUGCUUGGCUGGAAAUUGUCUUCAUGUUAGGCGACGUGAGGUCGGCCUGUUGGCUAGUUAAACACUUUACUUGCCAAAUGCUUUUAUUUGGUGUGAGCGAAAUAAUUCAAUUACUUAAUAUAAAUGUGGUAACUAAUAUUAGGUCUUUGGCUCAAAUAUUUGUCUAUUAAAAGUAAAUAUGUGUAUGAUAGUACAUAGACAGUGGGUUAUGUAAAAGGUGUCAGGAGAAGGCUGUACCGUGUAUAUUCAAUGAUGAUAGACUUUCUUCAAAGAACAUACGUCGGUAUAUAAGAUAUCCUAUUAAUUUUGUAAAUGCGAGAGUUUGUUAUGAUAGAUGGAUAGAUGGGUGUUUGUUUAUCUUUCACGCAAAAACUACUAAACGGAUUUGGAUUAAAUUUGUUUUAUCAGUAAGUUAUAUCCUAUUUACUUACUUGGCACUAAUAGAGCAAUUUAUAUGCGAUUUCCCUAACUUAGUACAUUUUAUAUUUAUAUACUAUUUCACGCGCAAAAAAUAGAUUGAUAACAGAUGGGUAUUAAUUAUGGUAAGCUUUGAAGAAUAUUAGGAUAAACAGUGUCCUGUAUGCAAAUUCAGGAUAUAGUCUAUGUGUGUAUCAAAUUUCAUUGAAAUCUCUUCAGCCGUUUAGGCGUGAUUGUACCACAAUCAUCCUAGUAUCCAUCAACUACGCUUGGGUAAUAUCACUCUAAUAUCUAUAUGUUAGUUUCUUUCACACGUUAAGGGUAAAAGAUAAUCACAUAUUUCAAUAUAAAUUUAUCCCAUACCAGUUUAUUUUCAGUCUCUAUUUAUUUUAAUGGGAUUCUCCAUUUCUAUAUUAUAAAUUGCAUAAACGAUAUUUAACCCUUCUUUGCAUAAUGGUGGAAAUUUCCAUCAUAACAUUGAAUGCCCAAAAAUUAUAUAAAAGAACAAGUUCACUUUAAGUUGAUCGUGUCUGGAUACCUUUUUAAUGUCCAUUGCGGAAAAAAAAACAUAGCUGUCAAAUUUAUUUUUUUAACCAUUUAUCCUUUAAUAUUGAACAUGAAUUAUAUAGACCUUGAUUUAUUUCACCAAUAAAAAAAAUCAUGCAAAGAAGAUUUAAUAUAUCCAUUAUUUGGCUAAUAUAUAGUUAUUAGUAUAUAGUACUCACCCUCGGUCUAUCUUUCUUAAGAAAGACUUCACAAUUAUUAUUCACUGGAUUUCUAUCUAUUAUAUGUUUUAUUUACUAUGUACAUAUAAAUUAUUUAUAUGAACUAUAUGUAUUGCUUUUUUUUUUUCAAAAAAAAGAGAAAAUUCUUAAUAACUUUAUUAUACUAAUACGUGUGCAUAACUUAAUGAUGUAGUUAACUGACAAUUUGACAUUUCAAUCUUCUUUCGUUGAGUAGCUAAUCUAAAAUAUAUAUAAUACUAUUUAUAUAUCUCGAGCUUCAAGCCAUACGGCUGUAUAAGCGAAAAAAAUAUUUCCAGCAUAGAAAAUAUGCAUUCUACAUAAUAAAUACUUAGCUGCAUAUAAAUUUGCUUUAAAUUUGGCCUAUUGCUGUUAAUUUUUUUUUUUCUUGAAAGGUUUUACAUGUACGUUUUUAUGGUUUGAAGACCUCGAUAUUAACCCUCCUUAUUCAUAAAAUCAUUAAAUGCUCAAUAAACGUAUUUUGCGUAUUACAAUAUUUUGUCUUUUUCUUUCACGCUAACUGGCCAAUUUGAAAGAAAGUGACAAAACUGUCUAGUAGUUAAAAUAGUUUUGUAAGACAUUUUAAUUUUAUGAAUAAGCGAGUUAAACUGAUUAUAUCCAAAUAUAAUAUUAAUUUAUUAAUUUUCAUUAAAAAUUAAUUUAGUUCUUUUUAAAACAUAAUAUAUUUCUACCUACAAAUGGUUACCUGAUACGCUUUUCAAGUAUUUUAAGUAAGGUAUAUAUCUAUUUUAUAUUUUCGGACCUAUAAAUUGAAAUUAUAAGUCUGUAUUUAUCAAUAUGGUGCAAUAUACAAAAAAAAAAAAAAGAAUAAUAAUACAUUUCAUAUAAAAAAUAAAUUUUAUAUCAAUUGAUGUAUAAAAUACAUAUAUUAUUAAUAUAUUUAAAUAUCUCUAAUAGUUUUAGUAAAAUAAAAUCCAAUGACAAAUUGGUGUUCUUUGCCUAACUUUUUUUUUUUUUUAAAUAUAUUUAUAAGUAAAUAUUUAGUUACUUUCAAUGUAUCUAUUGUAAUGGGAGUUUAUAUGUUCUUAAAAGACAUCCUCUAGUCAACAUAAAUAGUAACAUAGCCACAAAAUACUUAAGUUUCAUUACACAUUGACUGAUAUUGUAACCAAAACUUGUAUAUUUAAUGCAAAUAUAAAAUUUCGCUCACACCAACUUAACAAGGAAACCUUUAAAAUGUGAUGACUAGUUGACACUAUUUUAAUAUAUCACGUUUCGUGCAAAGGAUAAAACAUGAAAAAAAAAAAAUUAUAAAAUAAAGUUAUGAACUAAUAGCGUGUAAGUGUACCACUUUUAUUUAUUAACGUGGAUAUUUUAAAAUGAAUUUGUAUGGAUGUAGUUAGCGCUUGUAACGGUGGUGUAAGUGAUUGUUUAUCAUUACAAUCGAAAUAGGAAUUGUAUCGCUUCGUUAGAAGGGUCGGCUAGUUUUCGUCAAUUCUUAAUUUUAAUUUGCACCAUAGCAUUGCAUAGCCACUCCGUGCUGCGGUGCAAAAUGUAUGACCAUUGUGCAUUUGUGUUCUUUAGUAAUUUUUUUUUUUACAGCCAAAUGUGUAGAAUCUUGAAUUAAAUGAUCAGUUCCUCACGUCUGUAUAGAUUAGUUAUUUUUUUUUUAGUCACUUUUUGCAUGUCGUUCUCGAGCUCGUUAUAAUGCCAGAACCGGGAUUUUGUUGACCGUUCUCGGGUUGUUUGACAGAUGUUUAAUCCUUCGUCAAUCUGCUUACAGUGAGUUAACAAUUUAACAAUAAGUUUUAUUACCAUCGUAUAGUGCACAAACACUGUUUCCGGCAGAAGGCGAGGAGUCAACCAAAACGAUCUUAGUUCAUUCAAUCUUCCAUCUUGCGUUGUUAGUAUAUAAGGUUGAAUUUUGUUCUACGUUUAAUUUUAUUAACACCUCUUUGUAUAUUGUGAAUUUAUAUAUUUACAUUGCAAACUGACAAAAUGCUCGUUUAAAAUGAAUUAGUUAUAUAAAACGGCUAUAAAUUGUUUAAUUUUUAGCAUUCAUUGAAUGUAGUGCCUUUUCUAUUAUAACGUGCAUGCAUUUUGAAAGCUCUACGCAGUGUUAUGUACAAAAUUUUUAAUGGAAUAACUGUUAUUAUUUAAAAACGUUAAUUUUCUUUAUAGAUUUUAGUUGCUGAUAUUAAGUUUUCCUUUGUGAUGCAUUUUACUUUCGGUAGUUCGUUGUUUGUUAUAUUUAGCGGUUCGCGCUUCACAAAAUCUUGGGGUUGGUAUAUGAAUACCUCGUCUCGAAAACGUCAUAUCUCUAAAAACUUAUCUUUUGUUAUUAGUAAUAUGCCUCUGAAGUUUUUAGAAUGCUUAAGUAGACAGAAAAUGAUAUCGACUAAUAAUAAAAACAUGUUUUUUAGAGAUACAACGUUAUUAUGCAUGAAAUAUAAGAUUAAAAACAAACAAACCAGGUAAUUUUAAACGUGUAAAGUUUAUUUUUUAUUAUAAUUUUACCAUAUCGGUUAUAUUUCUUCAUAUACGUUUGUAUUGUUUGACUCUAAAUGAAGUGGAGAGUAAAAACAGUAUUACAGUAUAUAAAAAACUGAUCAGGAAAUUAGAAAAAACUGCGUUGCGUCAUUUUCAGACAUUAUUAUAUUAAAAUGUACCUGUAAUUAUAAGAAAUGACAAAUAACGCUUGGCGUGAGUGUUGCCAAAAUUAAAAUUAACUACGUAAAAAUUCACAAUACAUUGAAGGCGUUGAAAGCACGCUGUAGGGAUUUUAUAUGGCAAUAAAUAGUAUUUAUGCGAUCUUAAGAAAAUUUUAAAUAAUAAUGGGACCGAUUCUAAGGAGCCAUUUGUCUAAAUUGAUCUUUUAAUAAUAUUUUAAUUUGAUAAUUUCGCGAAAUUACUGUUUCAUAGAUCAUCAAAAACUAAAUUUUAAAUGUCAGUUUCGCGCACGCGUCACAGUGAAUCAUGACUAAGGAUCACGAAUUGAUCCUGAAACUAGUCGAGCUUAUUUGAUCUAGUUACACGUAAAUUUAACUGUUAGUUACAACAUUAAAAUAUAAAUUUAAAAUAAUUUCGACUUAAAUCUAUUUAGUUCGUAAUUGUCGUUGUAGAAUAAAAAGUUUGCUACGAUAUCAAACUGAAAUUUAAAUAUUUAAAGAUCAAUUUAGAUAAAUGGCAUAUCAAAGUCGACGCCAUUAUUGCCAUUCCCAUAAAAAUAAUUUACUAUAAAGAAUCUCCGCAAUAAGGCUAAAUUUUAUUUUCCUGGUCGAGUUUUAAAAGUCAAUCCCAAAUAAACCGACCCCAUAUUCGAAUUCUUCCAUUUUAAUAUAUAAAAAUGGAUAUUAGUACAAUCAAUAUGCACCUAGCAUACGAAUUUAGUAUAUAGUAAAAAAUAUAUUCACUUAUUACAAAAAAAAAAAAUAUAUGUAGCACAAUAAUAAUAAUGAAUUGUUUAGUUUCUUAGUAAAUUUUAGUAGUUAGUUAUUAAUUAUAUUAUUUCUCAUAUUGUUGAUUGAAAGCUGACUCCGUAUAUAAAUCAUUAUGAAGUUGUCUUCUAAUAAUUUGAGCGCUAUUCACACGGUUCCGGAUUCGAGAUCCAUCAGUGUUCAUCAGGGAUGGAGGAUAAAAUAGCUUGCGUACUUUCCAUGUGUUUUUUUUUUCAUAGAGCCACAGUAUAUUUCAGAGUAUAUAUUAUGUUUAAUUUUUUCCCCAUUUUUUAUAAUAUCAUUUUUUGUAUUAGCAUCCUUUAAAGGGUGAUUUUUACCAACAAACACUUUCAAAAAUUUAGUUGAUGGGGACUAUACUAAUUUUAUAGGUUAUUGUGAUGUUAGCAUGAAAAGCUAAUUUUUUUUUUAUCUAUGUUUCUUCGGGGAAAGAAUGUCCGGUUUCAGUUUUAGAUUAUUUCCUGAAGAGACCUUUCACAUUUAUCUACAUAAAGCAACGAACAGCCAGAGUUUUUGGGGUUCUGAGUUUUAAACAAUUAAGAAUUUGCUAUACAUUUUGAUUCCUAAAUUGUAUAAAUUAUGUACAGAUCUGUAUUUAGGAGACAGCGAUGUAUGUACAUUAAAACAUUGAAGAAGACUGAUAUCCCUGAUUUUGUUUAAACAUGGGUAACAUAUGAUGUGCUUCUGAUAGAAUAACUAGUUCGAAUAGUACAGAGUUUAGGAACCUUAUCUCGGAGCUGUGUGAAUGGUGUUUUAGUUUUGUAAAUUAAAUACUUUGAUAUUUAAUUAAUAUGAUGGAUUUAAAACACUAACAACUUUGCAUGUGUUUAUUUUACUAGACUUGAAGUAAUAUUAUAUUAUAUAUUUCGUAUACUUAUAAUAGAAAUGUGAUUGGUUUGAGAAAUAUGACUAUACGGAUAUAUAAAACUCGAUUCUCAAAUAACAUUUCUUUAAUGUUUUUUUUUUUUACAAAAAUAAAAUAAGGAUACUAAUUUAACAAAAUUAGUUAGAAUUAUAUAGAAUUGAAACCAUAUUCUAAAUUUGAUCUGACUAUCCUUUUACAAUAAUCUGUAUUUUUUUUUUGUUUUCUAAUUAACAUAACAAUAAACAAGAUAAUUCAAAUAUAUUAUACAUAAUUUGGUCUCUGUGUAUUUCGAAAUUUAAUUCUAAAGAACUUUCGGAAAUAUUUUUUUUUAUAAAAUAUUUUAGUCUUGGCAUUUCAGAAUGAAUGAAAAAUUGACAUAACCUAUUUUAUAUACAAUGAAAUUGAUAAUUUUAAGUAUACGAAGUAUGUGAUUAUUAUUACUAUAGGUUUAUUCACAGAACAGAAAAAAAAAACAAGUUGAAAUGGCAUAACAUACAAAAAUAAGCAAUGUGUCAAAUUUAUUUUUAUUUUUACCACAUAAUACAUUUUAUUACAUUUAGUGCCGCUCAAUUAUAUAAUUUAAAUGAAUUCUAUUUAGAACAAUUAAAUGUAUACCUUAUGCGAAUAAAAUACAGAUGAGUUUACUACAUCCUAUAUUGAAGUUUCAAACGCUUAUGUUGCCAUACCAUUUAAAUUCAUAGAAUGAAUUUUAAAAACACAUACAAUUAAAGUUUAAAAAUCACAAAUGUGUCAGAAUACACGCAUUGUAUUUUUUAUCUGUUCUGUGAACUUCUUGUUACCUUCACUUUUUCCAGUGUUGCCAUAUAUAGUAACUAUUUACCUCAAAAUCUUCGUCUUGCAAACGCUUAUCUGAUUAUUUUCGAUCCGCGCAAAUUAAUCGACAUAAGAUUAUUGUAGAAACAAUUCUAUGUAAAAUAUACGUGUAUAUUUUUUAAAUCAAUUUCACAAGUUACUGUUGAUGAAAUAAUUUUGCUUGUUAGCCGUUAUAUGAACUUAUAUAGAACAAUCGUUAUAUCGAAGCGCGACGCUGCAAUAGUUACUUACAAUUGGUAUUUAAAUUGCAUUAUAUUACAGAAUAAUGCAGAACUAACUUGACUUUAGAUUUUACUUUCUAAUAAUCCCGAAUUAAAUGAAACUAAAUAGAGUGAAAUGGAAGUGACAUUUAAAACCAAUUUGUAUAAGCAUAUAGAGCCUAUAGCAGGGGUGGCCAACUUGACUAGACCCAAGAGACCCAAGAUGUUUACUGACGAAACCCUGUGCCAUCUACCAAUUACAUACAUCUUGAAGUCACAAAUGCAACAACAUAGUUCAGUACACAUUUAUGUAGUAUUGUAAUAUUUCUUAUUUUACUAAGAGGGAAAAUAUAAAUCUGAAAAUUAUUCUUAGUAACUACUUAAUUAUAUUAGUGUGAGCAUUGCGUCUGAGCAUCUUCCGCUAGAUUAGCAAAAUAUUAUAUUUUUUGCUUUGCCACUAUCGACUGGACUAAUAGUCGUGACCGAUCGGUCGGUUGUCGAUCGUUUGGCCACCCUUGGCCUUUAUGUAAUGGGCAACACCUGUGUAUGGUGCUUUCAGCGUAUUGACUCCGUUUCCUUGAUAUUGUAUUGUCAUUUAAAACUGGUAUAUUUAUUACUUUCAUUAUAAAUGUUAUUUUUUUUUUUAUUGUAAAAAGGUAAUUUUUAUAAUAUUUUUAUUUUCUCAUGUUUUAAAUAAUUAGGAUCACACUUCUAUUUCUCUCUGUACAUUUUAUUGGUUGGGGAUUAUUGUUUCUCAUAGUAGCGUCGCGCCUUCGAUGUACUUAGCCGAUUGUUAAUUAUAUGUAUUAUUUAUUUAUUUAGUUGACACAGAAAUUUUUAUUUACCAUUUAUUUAUAUAAGAAAUUAAGAGACCAUUAUGAUUAAUGAAUUUUCAAGGCUAUGAAUUAAAAUGCUUGCUUAUAGUUAACCCUAAAUGAUAAUAGGGUAUGUUCUUAUUAAUAAGUAAUUGGAAAUGUUUCAAAAAGUGCCACAACUAGCUUCUUUUAAAUUAGAUUUUGCGAUUGGGGCAUUGAUUUUUAUAUUUUUUCAAUACGAAAUAACAAAACUCGUUUCACAUAAUGUGAAGGAAUACAAAUUGUUUAUCAAGAUUUCUUAGGUUUUGAUAUUGAUGUAUAUUUUUUGAUAAUUGUAACUGCGAUUGUUUCAAAACAAUUGUUCAAUAUUCUAAUGAAAAAUUAUAAUAUUGUCCUAUGAAAAUUUUAAUUGGCCAAUUAUAUGACGAAGUAUUCAAAAUGCAUUUCUGAAAAAAAAAAACAGCGUUGCAACUCUCAAAGUUUUGUAGUUUUUCGUUAUUAUUAUUUAACAUUAUUUUAAAAUAAUGUGGUCAAGUAUAAACAUAAAAUAUAGAUUUUGUGGAAUGUAAAACAAAAAGUCUUUGACUUGCUUUUAUUAUUGUAUGUAAUUAAUGAUAUAAACUGUAUAAACUAAUAGUUAAUACAAUUAUACUUUUGCAUAUGAAUAUUUAUUUCUUUUAUAUUUAUAUAUAGUACAGUCUCUCAUAUUGACUACGUGGUCUUAAAAUAAUGCCAUACAUGUUAACGAAAAACUAUAAGACUUGACCGAAAUUAACGUAUUUUUUAUUGUUAUAAACUUACAUUGUACAAAUUUAAAUUUGACUUAAAAUAACAGUAAUACUGUACAUAAAUUUGUCAUUCUAUCAAUGAGAUGUGUUCUAAAAUGUUGGCCUACGACAAACAAGGGUAUACUUAAAGUAUAUCAGCUUUAAUGUUUGAUGGCUGUGACUUAUGGGAGUUAAUAUAGAUUUAGAUAGGGGGUUUUCGAAGUGGGCAUACCUCCCAUGGGAGUUGCAGAGACUUAAAAUGGGAGCGCGCUACAUCUAUGUGGUAAUGCGCAUGGGCAAAAUAUUAAAACUUAAUAUUGGUUUGAAUCCUUACAAUGGAGUCUGACUCACAUGAUUUUGGAAACCCCCGAAUUAGAGAAAAACAAUACCCCAGUCGCGAAAUACCUGCUGGCUCAGUAAUUGUGCUCUUUGUUUUAGCUCAAUAUAUUGUUCCUUCCGUCCACUCAAUAUUGGAAUUUUCAUAGACUAAGCUUCCUUUCCACAUAUCUGUUUCUCCAAACUUUAUACUGUGCUCUAUCAUCCAACGUUGAACAUUAAUUUGAACGUUUAAUUUUUAAGUUUAAUCAAUAAGUGUAAUCAAAUGCUAAAUAAUUAUAACUUGAUUUCUGAAUUUCUAUAUGACCAACGCUUAUAACAGCAUAUCUUUAUAAGAAUAUUGUGUGAUAUAACCUAAUUAUAAUUGUAAUGAAAUGUCCUUUAAUUAGUCCUUAAUACGUGAAAAUUUUCUAUAAUACCAAAACUAUUGAGUACUUAAUUUAAAAGCCAAUAUAGUGAACGCUUACGGUGGCAUAUACAUAUUAAAUGUAAGUGAACGAUUCUAAAAUUUCCUAAAAGUUAUCAGUAAUUCGUCCUUUAAACCUCUAUAGGCCGGUUAUCGCGUUGUCUAGACCUAAAUUGUAUGGAAUAUAAAAGGUGCUAAAGUAACAAAAUUUGUAAAAAUUUAAAGCCCAAACUGAUAAAUAGAUCUAGACAGCGGAUUUCACCAAAAUGGCUAUAUGCUAUAUAAACUUAUUCAUUGCUGUAGACAACAGUUUGUACCUUUUUUCAAUGCAUGGAUAAUAAAAAAUUAUGGGCUGAUAUAUGAGUUUACAUAGCAUAAAACCUUUGUAGGUCUUAUGUGCAUACAUAUUAUAUAUAUAUAUAUCCUAAGAGAACUUACGAACGCUAGACUUUGUAGUUAGUCAAAUGCAUGAGUAAUUUUUAUAUAGCGAUUGUUGAUUAUUUUUGUUUUUUUUUUUUUUUUUUCUUAUUAACUUAGUGAAUGUUUUAGAUACUUGAGAUUUUAGUGAAUUUAGACCACAAUGUCCACAAUAUAUUUUCUUACAUGGAGCCUAGAGGGCUUAGAUCAUAUUGAAGUCGACACAGUGGGUGGUGAAGGAUAUCUGUUACUGCAUAAUAGUACACCAAUAUAUCCACUUGACGUUCUAUUUUGCUCCUGAAAUCCUGAAUGUACAAAUGUGUGACACGCUGUGCUGCUAGUGUAUCGGAUAGAGAUAUUUUUGUGUUAGGACUCGUUUAGUGGUGUAACGCCGUUAGUAAGACUGGUAUAUGGUUCUCUUAUUAUUUUAAAGUUCGUUAUAAUUUACUUCACACGAAGCGGUUAUUGUUUUUUUACAGCGUCUCUGAUGGUACGGAACGCACGUGUUCCAUAUAAUUUUGUAUUAGUUAUAUAUUCCUUAACACGUAAGCUUUUUUUUUUCAGUGUGUCUCGGAAAUGUAUCUGAGUGUUAAUUUAAUUGAAUGAGGAUCAAUCUUAGAGCUUUAUCGAAUUUGAUAAUAAUUUACGGAUGAAUAUUUAUAAUGAGACAAACUUAAUUGAACACGAUAACAGACGUGUUAGAUAAAUAUUCAUAACUCACUGUUUAGAUAGUUAUUCCUGCAAGAUUGUGUAUCGUAGUUGGUUUUUUAUCUAUUUUAAACGAUGCUAGUUGUGUAGAUUGGAUAAUCGAUACGAGCCUUUGCCAUUAGGUGAAGUUAGAUUAGGUGAAUACGGUCCUAAUGCUUAUAGUACGAAUCUAAUAGUUACAUGUUUUAAUAACCGUGCAUGGUUUAAAAGAAUCCUCGUUUAGAACAAAAUUGUAACUAACUAGUGUAAUGUUGUAUAUGUCAGUCCUUUCAAUUAGGGUUACGCGGUGGCGGUUAGAUACGGGCGGCGUGUUGUUAGUUGUGUCGACGUCUUAUGAGCCGUUAGUCGAUUCGCCCCACGUUGGGCGCCAAUAGUAUUUGCAUCGUGUGCACAAAUACUCUAUUUCUAAAUAAAGUUUUAAUCACUGUUUUUUGAUACUAAGGAGGUAGUUGGGUGAGAGAUGUAAUGGAAUGUUUAUAUAUUAGUUGCAUAAACGUUAGUAUUUAUAGUGGUAUGAGUGUGGACAAUAACGGUGGUUAGUCCUGUUCUGUGGUAAUCUAAUGUGAUACGUUCGAGCCAGUCGCCCGGCGCGGGCGUUCAAGGUCGACCACCACAGUUUUUAAUCUUACUCUAUUAGAUUCUUAAGUUUAACAUUGCUUCUACGAGUUUUUACCGUAACACUAGGCGGUUUUCUUUCCUUUUUUUUUUUAAUUGGGUAUAUAGCGGAUUUAAUGUAUUUUGAGCCAUGAUUUAGUGUGCAUAGUGUACUAAUAUUUUUGCUACUCGCCCGUUCGCUCUGUCCAAUAUAGGAAUGGCAUCAUGAAUUUUAUAUGUGAGGACCAAAUCUGGUUUUUUUUUUGUAUUUUAUUGUGCGUUGAAAAUGUAAUGGAAAUACAGGAUUUAUUUUGCCAGUUCCUCUUAAAUGUAAGUGAGAAUUUCUAAAAUAUUUUUAUAGUUGUAAGUGUUGGUAAAUUAAUUUUUUUACAUUAGGUACUGUGUAAGUGUGUACACAAGUAUUAAACUCAGCUCGCUGAGUACACGGGAAUUAUAUAUUUUGUUUUCUCAUUUAUUUUGUCUAUUGUAAUUACCUACAUAGUACGGAAUUGAUGCGCCACUCAGUGGUUUUGUUUAAGGGGCAUACGUAAUAACGAAUAGUUAGUUUUAAUUGUGGUGCUAAACUACACACUAUAUGUCGACACCAAUAAUGUAUUUUGUAUGUUUAUCUUUAAGUUGUAAGUGAUAUUUAAGUGACAGUAAUUACAAUUCUGUUAUACAAUGUAACUUGGCAAAUGUAUUGGGAUAUAUAAAAUAUAAAAUGAUUUAUCUUUUGGUUUCGGGUAAUGUUAUGUAAUGAAAUCUCACUACAUUUAGUCCACAUGUUGUUGUCAGUGACGUUCUCCAUGUUUGUACAUGUAAUGUACUAUUUUCACAUGUCAAUGCACGUUUGCCAUAGCUAUAAAUAUACAAGGUUAACAGAUUUUAAUUAAACACUGUUUUAAAUCGUGUAAGCUCAGAUAUUGUAAACUUGUUUUCGUUGUUAAUGUGGAUUCAAAUUGAAAAUUUAUCCAAUGUAUCCAAUACAAUAAAGGUGUAGCUUGUUGUUUUACUCCUAGCAUUUUCAUGUCUAAUAUACAGCGACACUGCCACUAAAAUGCCCAUUAAUUAACUUAUAUUUAAUGCAACAUUCUGUUUUUUUAUUAGCAUUGUUUCUUGUUAUAAUUAUUUGUUGUUUUUAGCAAAGCUUCGUAGGCGCAAACAACUGUUUAAAAUUAUUGAUUGCAAUGAAAAAAAUUCGCUAGUCCUAUCUCAUGUAUAACUUUGGAUCUGUCCGUUUAAAUGAAAUAUUUAGAUGUUUUAAGAUACUUAAUGAAUAAUACAAAUUAUACUGUCUGUGGUGAAUAUCGAAUUUUAUGAGCUUAUUAAAACUUAAUUCCGUGGUAUCGGUAUUGCGAAAAUAAUAUAAACGUGGUGUGCAUAUUGUUUGAUGUUGCACAUCUCUAUUUUCUAGUCUAAGCUCUAUGUAGAUGUCGCUACUUGCAAUACGGUUCAAAUGGUUAUAGUAUAAAAUACUUUGAAACCCCUACAAUUAUGUAAAAUUUCUUUCUAAACAUAUCAACGUGACUAUCAUUUGUGUGUUGCAAGGUGAGUCAAAAUUCUUUAAUAUAGAUAGUCAUGGGAUGACAACGAUUUACUAAUAAUUAUCAUAAUAUAAUCUAGAAAAAUAUUACAUAAUGAAAGGGUGAUGUAAUCAAACGAUGUCAUUAUCUUUAAUUAUAUCCAAAGACGUUAAUAUUCUACUCUGCUAAUCAAUAUUUAAUAUUUGUAUUUUUAUAAACGCGAAUACUGUUUUUUAUAUAUACGCAGCAACUGUAUUUUAUCGGAUUGGUGGAGUGGAAAAGAGAUGUGCAAUAUCGAUGUAAGCGGGUACAACACUGAAUAAAAGUUUCAAAAAAAAAAUGUUUGUUAACAAAGCUAAAUAGUAUUUCAUAAGAUGCCAAGUUAGCUGUCGUAUUGGACCAAGGAAUAAUGUAUAAUUAUAAGUGUAGCUCACUUCACUUGCUGAUGGUACCUAUAGCAUUUUACAUAGAGAUAAUUGGGUGUUUGACUGUUUCUAAAUUUUAAAAUUAUUCAAUUCCAACCACGAUUUAUAAAUGACAUUCAAUCAACAAGUGUCACAGGUCCUGAGAGCUUAUCCAUUGAUCUACUUUAGCUGUUGAAGUGUUUUGUCUCUUUCUUUUGUGCUAAUUUCUCAAUUUGCAAGACGGUGAUAAAACACUAAUAGAUUUGUAGGUUUUAAUUUUUAUGAGGGUAGUCUAAUCCUAUCGCACAAAUGCCAAUAAUGAACUGUGACGUCAUUGCAUUAUCUGCUUAGCAAAAUCAUGUCACGUAUUGUAUUAAAAGAUGGAACCGUCAAAUACCCAAUUAAAAUAUAAUAAUUAAUAUUUUGACAUGUCUUCGGUCUCUUCAUGUUAGAUCCAUGUAUACAAGUAUCUUUGUGAUUGAUGUUUAAUAGUAUAACACAGAGUGAGUGACAGCCAUCGUGACAGACUGAUUUUAGUGCAGGUUUAUUAACUAUUGGGUUGAGAUCACGUGGUCACAGUACAAGUACUAUCUGCUCUGUGCAGUAUUACAGUGAGGGUAGUUGUGUGCGGAUAUUAAUUUAUAAAGAGUUUAAUUUGCAGUCUAUCCAGAUGAUUCUAAAUUAAACAGUCUUUUGAGAACGUUUGUAAUUUUUUCACAACACAAUUAUUACUGUAAAAAUAUUUGUUCAGUUUUCUUUUUUUUUUACAAUUUAAUCUGCAAAUUGAUAAAUAAACCAAUUAACUCAUAUAGUACAUUUAGUAAUUAUAUUUGACAUUAAUGACUAAUAAAUUGCAUAUACUUUUCAAUAACUCGAAUAAGUGUUUAUUUUAUUUAUUUAAAUUCUUUUAUACAUAAAUUUUUGUCUCUCUCAUUAGUGUGUGCUGACAAUGUAAUUCUUCCAGGACUACUUAUAUAAAGUUUGGUUUGUAUAAAAUUCUAUGGACACAAAUAUAGUGCUGAAAAUGUACCAUUUAUAUAAAUUACCGGUAAUAUUACUAAAGUGCCACAAAUGUUAAACUUUAUAGUCCUCUACUGUAGUGAUGGAAAUGUUAAUAUUACACUACUGUGUUGCUAUUUAUAUUAUAGCCAAUGGGUGUAAUUUAGUGCUGGAGAAGUAAAAUUUUAAGUGAUUAUUACUAUAGUGUCGUUAAUGUCAAAUAGUGACACUACUGUAGUGUUACUAAUGUACAUUAGUGACACCACUGUAAUUACUAACGGUACUAACACAAAGUGGGAUUUCAUGAAAUAUUCGCAUACAACUACUUCAACUAGAUAAUAAUGUAGCAAAUACAAUAUCCAUUAUUAGGCGUAUUGGUGUUAUGAUUCUAGUUCACAAUUUAAAAAAAAAAAUAGUGUACGCCAACUGUCUUGUUCAAAUGUUGUGAAAUAUAAAUGUUAAAUGUUGUCCUCCUAUCAGACCGUAUAGGGUAUAUUGUUUAUCUGAACAUUCAGUAGUUAUGCUAGAUGCAGUCUUGAUUUUUUCUUACUAAUAUUUUGUUACUGUUUUGGCACUGUAUUAAUUACCUUCUGACAAAAAAUAUAUAAUGAAUAAAAUGUU